AUGGGGGCUUCUUUCCUAACCUUUUGUUUUCACUCUGUUCGUAUCUAUCUAUCUAUCUAUCUAUCUAUCUAUCUAUCUAUCUAUCUAUCUAUCUAUUUCAAUCUGUUCAUUUCUUUCUUUCUUUCUUUCUUUCUUUCUAUCUAUCUAUUCAAUCUGUUCAUAUCUAUCUUUCUAUCUAUCUAUCUAUCUAUCUAUCUAUCUAUCUAUUUCAACCUGUUCAUUUCUAUUAUCUAUCUAUCUAUUUCAAUCUGUUCUAUCUAUCUAUCUAUCUAUCUAUCUAUCUAUCUAUCUAUCUAUCUAUCUAUUUCAAUCUGUUCUAUCUCAAUCUAUUUCAAUCUAUCUAUCUAUCUAUUUCAACCGGUUCAUUUCUUUUCUAUCUAUCUAUCUAUCUAUCUAUCUAUCUAUCUAUCUAUCUAUCUAUCUAGUUCAAUCUUUCAAUCUGUUUAUAUCUAUCUAUCAAUCUAUUCCAAUCUGUUCAUAUCUAUCUAUCUAUCUAUCUAUCUAUCUAUCUAUCUAUCUAUUUAUCUAUCUAUCUAUACAAACUCCAAUGAUCGCAAAAAGCGUGAAACCCACGGUCACAAACUCAUAUCCACACAACUGACCCUCUCUCUCUCUCUCUCUCUCUCUCUCUCUCUCUCUCUCUCUAUCUAUCUAUCUAUCUAUCUAUCUAUCUAUCUAUCUAGAGAGAGAGAGAGAGAGAGAGAGUGA